UGACCUUGCAGUGUUUGUAAACAGACACACGUUGCUGCCGCGAACUGUUACGGACGAUCGCCAUCGCGAAGAGCGAGCCACCCCGUUGCUGCCCGUCGUUUCCGCGCGUCGACGCGCGCCGUGCCCAACGCCAUGGAAGUGGAGCCAAUGUGCAUCGUUGAGAACGAGACGGAGGGAUCUCGCGGUGAUCGGAAAGAGGGGGGCAAGAGGGGACGCAAGCCUGGAAGGAAGGCGGCGGACAAGGCGGACAUGAAAGCUAAGCUCGAACGAAGCCGGCAGAGCGCGAGGGAGUGCCGUGCUCGCAAGAAGCUGAGGUAUCAGUACCUAGAGGAGCUUGUGGCCGACCGAGAAAAGGCGGUGCUUGCUCUGCGGAAGGAGCUCGAGAUGUAUCGUCAGUGGACUCAGGAAUUGGACGCCGGACAAGUCCCCGAAGGACUUCAGGCGAUGCUGGAGGAAUUUGGCCAGCUGAAGCGGGAACCCAGCGGCAACUAAGCGGCCAAGGAGGCGAGGAAUAAGGAAGUCACGUGGAUCGAGCCGUUCCAUUUAUCUUGUUCCUCCGAUCGAAAUCCUCCUCCCUUCGUAGCGAGCUUUCUUUCCGUCUUCUCUUAUCUCCCUUUCUCUUUUACUGUUCUUCGAGGCAAUAGGGAAUAAUUGGCUGGCGAAUCUGAAAUUUUCUCUUUACGUCGACUACUUCUACACUGCGAUUGAUCCACUGAAUGAACCGCGAAAAGAGCGGAUCUUCCGGCAUUUUCGAAAAUACUUUCUUAUGCGAAUAGUGAAAUUUCUCUCUCUCCUACGUCUCCCAAUUCUCUCCCGUACUACGGGAUCGUUAUCCCCGAUUACCUCGUUACCUCACCGUGUUACCUUUUUUAUACGUACGUUUUGUUAUCGCGACUCGUUACGUUGACACAUAUUUUUUAUUCUCGUUGAUUAAGUACAUCGGUCGGUUGUUUACGGCCUCACGCUUCAAAUGUACCUCCUUCGCAUGAUCGUUGCGAUGUAAAAAAGUAAUUAUAGAUGUAUUACUGUUACGCCUCGAAGGAAAAGAAAAACGGUCGUUGUAUAUCAAAGUUUAUAUUCAGUAUUGUCUGUUUUGAAGAACGUCGUUGCGGGAUCACCUCGUUGAUCGUUUACCGAUUUGUUUGAAUUUUGUCAACACGCGGGCUUCUCACAUACCGCAGAGAAUUCAUCAUUUUGUACAAAUUAAAACGCCAUUAUAAAAGUUGAUUCAUAUAUGUGUACGGAACAGUCUGAUAAGUCAAAUAAAACCAAUAUUUUUCGAUGAAAAAUAA